GAGCCAUAACUGUCUGCUUGUGCUGAGAGUUAUCAACCCUGGAUCCAGACACAUAACAUCUGGAUAGCACAUCUCGUAGAGCUUUUAAAACAGAGGAAGCAUUGAAAAGUUCCAGUUUUUCACUCCAGGAUGGACUCAGCUCGUGUUCUGCUGGCUCUGCCUCUGCUGAUGCUUUUUUCCAGCGGCAACGCUCAGUAUGGCCACAUGUAUGAUACAGGUGAUGAGUGGGUAAAUUCUUGGCGCCAGGGCUUCAACUUCCAGUGUCCUCAUGGUGAGGUCUUAGUGGCUAUCAGAAGUCAUUUCAGUGCAAAAGAAGGCUCUGACCGCCAGUGGAACUUUGAAUGUCAGAGGACUCCCUAUGGCUGGGGAGAACCCAGUGAGUGCUGGUGGGAUGAUAUCAACAGAGCUGGAAUGGAAUGGUCCUCAGUUUGCACUAACAAUGGGCUGGUGGCUGGCGUGCAAAGUCAAUACUUUGAAUCUGUCCUGGACCGGGAAUGGCAGUUCUACUGCUGUCGAUAUGGCCGGAGAUGCCCGUAUUCCUGCUGGAAGACGAUUGAUGUCCCAGAGUACCACAAGGAAGAAGGGGAGAUGGUAAUUCCCAGUUACGGCUACUUCAUCAGAGGGGCUCAAACCACCUUUAAUGGUGUUGUGAGGGAUCGGCAGUGGAAGUACAUCUUGUGCAGAAUGACGGAAUUUAAUUGUGAAUUUGAGAAUUUUUAGACCGCACCCUUGUUGACCUUCUACACAGAAAUAAGCACACACCUGUCAACUUAAGAGCACUUCAAAUUUCACUCAAUAGACUGUGUAAAGGCAAAAUAGUUGUUACCUGAUGUGACCCUAAAAAUACUUGGGUUGGUAUAACCUAAUAAAAUGCAGGGUAACUCUUUUUUUUACUGUUUAAAAAGUUUACAGUGUAAAAAGAUUCAGUAUACUUAUAGACAUACCCAAUAUGUUGUCAUCAUGUUUUUUUUUUUGUAUAAGCCUGCAUGGAUUAUUCUGUACUCAUUUGCUAUGAUUUCUAUAAUUGCCACAUGUGUAGUCGUAAUACGAUUUAAAAUGAAGGCAUUUUGAUAUUGUUUUGAACAUGUACUGUUUUCAUUAUGAACAAACUGCACAUAUAUGUUAUGUACCAAUGUAAUAAAAACUGCAUGAUGGUAACAACAUUGUGCACAAUUGGUUAAAUGAUUUCCAUCAACCAUCUUGGAAUAGUUGUUGCUUGAAAUGCAUUUCAUGCAUUGGAAAUUCUGAAUCAACAGGAGAAAACAGUUGAAGUAAUAAAUCCCUUUCUCUCAAGA